AUGACUUCGGAUGAGAAGAUCCCAAUCGAGCCAAUUCUCGAUACUCUCAAUGAAGACCAGCGCAGAGCAGUGACUGCUUGCACAUCUACACCGUUGCAGAUCAAGGCAGGGCCUGGAACAGGCAAAACCAAGGUUUUGGUUGCCCGUGUCGCAUAUUUGCUCUUGAAGCAUCGCAUUCCUCCUCAAAACAUCAUCGUGACGACCUUCACCAAGAAAGCUGCCAAGGAAAUGAUCGAAAGACUUGACAAGCUACUACAGGGCUCGGGAAUCCCCACUACGAAGCUUCUUAUUGGAACAUUCCACAGUAUCAGUUAUCGCAUCAUCCAAAAGUAUGGCGCUGCAGAAGGACUCACAGGAUUCACAGUGGCCACGGAGAAAGACGCCGCUCAAGUACUCGAGAACGUUCUAGACAGCGACAUUUCUGACAAAGACUGGGCCUUAAUACAAUCUUUGCCAGAUGCGGCUUUGGCGCCAUUUGUUGCAGGAGCCGUUGACAGUGAUGGUUCCGGAGAUACUGAUAGUGGAACACGACCUAAGCUCGACAAGAAAAAGAUUUUGAGACAGAUAUCGAAGCUCAAAGCGCAUGCAAUCUUUGCCGACGAGUAUGCCAAGCAAAGGGAUGCCAUGUUCUUGCUUUCUCUCAUCUAUAGCCUGUAUCAGCGCCGGUUGUUUGAAAACAGACUCCUCGACUUCGACGAUUGUCUACUCUACUGCCACAAAAUCAUUUCCAGACGCCCGGUUUUGAGUUUCGUGCAACACACUCUAGUGGACGAAUUCCAGGACACAAAUGAAAUCCAGCUCCAAUUGAUGUUUGAGUUCGCAAAGGUCAAGAAGGUUGAAUCCGAAACAAAAUGCAGUGUGACAAUUGUCGGUGACCUGGAUCAGAGUAUCUACGCAUUUCGGGAUGCUCAGGUCGGAAAUUUCGAGAAAAUGCUGGAUCAUUUCUCUCGAAUCCACUCAUUACAAUGCUUGGUCGUAACUUUGUCUCAAAACUAUAGAUCAACCUCCGAUAUUCUAGCCUUUUCAGAACAUGUCAUGCGCCAGCAAAUGAAAAGAACACAAAAGAAUCUAGUUUCACAAUUGCAAAGCUCUCUCAAACCGGUAAGGGCCACGUUGGAGUCGCUGGAUGAAGAAGCUCGUUGGGUUGCAUAUCACAUAACUCAUCUUGUAUCGCUACCGCAAAGUCCCUUUGAACAUUCGGAUAUAGCGGUCUUGGUCAGGUCUGCCUAUCAGACUAGAGUGUUGGAGAGCGAAUUUGUGAAGCAUAGAGUGCCCUAUACAAUUGUCAAAGGCAGGGCAUUUUGGGAAAGAAAAGAAGUCUUAGCAAUGGUUGAUUAUCUUCGCUGCGUCGCUAAUGAAAAUGAUCAACUAGCUUUCUUAAGGUGUAUCAAUUACCCAAAAAGAGGUUUCGGACCAGUAGCCAUCGCAGAGAUCGAGAAACUAUUUUCUCAGACAGCAAAACCAAGCACCGAUAUCCGCGAACAAAUCAGAUUGAAACUGAGUGAUUCUCCACAACUGAAUGCUUCUCUGGCUCUACAGACGUUGCGCUCUGUUUCUAGGAAAGAGCUCAAGUCUAGUUUCGGGGCAAAGCUAUUGGAGUCUCUCAAUAAAUUUAUCGCUGUCAUUGAUGGAACCCGGAAAUUAAUCAAAGAAGCGCUGAACGGUACAGAAUCAAACCCAGAGGCAUUGGCCGCUGCUUUUGAUUAUUUGUACGAAACCUCAGGAUUGAAACGAGAGUUGGGUGAUGACGAGAACAAGCGGCUCAACAUAGAGGAAGUCAAGGCUCAAUUGAUUCUGUUUGAGAAACCAUCGCAAGAGGAUAGCCUACCGGACUUUGCAGAACACCAGUUUGAGAUUCCAGAUAUUGAAGUAAUUGGCGAUUCUGAGGGAGAAGAUGAAGUGAUCGAAUUGCUGAAUCUCUCGGGAGAACAAACAAAAGGUGAGACAAAUGACGCUUUUGAGUUCCUUCGAUCGUUUCUCAGCCUGGUUGUUUUGUACGAGACAGAGAAUUCUUCGAAAGACCAUAUAAACCACCCCAAAGUGUCGAUCUCUACAAUUCAUGGAGCGAAAGGUCUCGAAUGGCCAGUGGUGUUUAUUCCUGGACUUGGGGAAGGAUUGCUUCCCGCGUCUUUUGCGCUUGAUGGAACAGAAGACGCCAUAAACGAAGAACGCCGGUGCUUCUACGUAGCCUCAACAAGAGCGAAGACACUCUUGUAUUUGUCUACCUAUACAGAGAAAGCCGGAUCACUGAACUGGGGCCGAAAGCCUGUCGAGAAGCAGUCUCGAUUCCUCACUGGACUAGACCCAAUGUUGGCGCAAAUGCCAUUCGAGAACGAACAAAGUAUGAAAAAGCUUUACACGUUGACAGGAACCAUACCUCCCCAGGACCUCGACUAUGAAAAGCUACAGAAAAAAUAUCUCAGAGAUUAUAAUUUAUAUGUCAAGCAAACCACGGACGAUCAUGACAACCGACCAGGUUUCGUGACAGGAACAGAUAUUUCGAGAUUGACUCUGUUGCAGAAGGCCACCAAAAGUGCCAAGCGCCUAGCGCCCCACGACAAUAAAGCACCAAAAUAUGUCCCGAAACGUGCAACUUGUGCCCCAUUCAAACCAGUUGUCAGGCUAGCGCCAGUGGAAAACCAGAUUCCAACCGCGAAGGCAACAGCACCAACAAAUUGUAUCAACAGCACCACCGCACUGAGCACAACUUCUACAAAUAUACUGCGGGCUCCAGCAUACAUUCCAGCGAGAGCCAAGCACAAACGCAGACUAGGCACCAGAUAG